UCACAAGACUGCUAUAUGCUGCUGAUGAAAAAAGGUAUUUAGCAGUUUAUAUGCGCCGGCCAUAUGCAUGCAUUUCCAUGUUUUGUGUACUGUGGGAGACCAGAUAUAGUGAAUGCAGGGUCCGGGGAGACCAUAUAUAUGAAUGCAGGGUCUUGGGAGACCAGAUAUAGUGAAUGCGGGGUCCGGGGAGACCAGAUAUAGUGAAUGCAGGGUCCUGGGAGACCAGAUAUAGUGAAUGCAGGGUCCGGGAGACCAGAUAUAGUGAAUGCUGGGUCCUGGGAGACCAGAUAUAGUGAAUGCAGGGUUCCAGGGAGACCAGAUAUAGUGAAUGCAGGGUCUGGGGAGACCAGAUAUAGUAAAUGCAGGGUUCCGGGGAGACCGGAUAUAGUGAAUGCAGGGUCUGGGGAGACCAGAUAUAGUAAAUGCAGGGUCCGGGAGAGCGGAUACAGUGAAUGCAGGGUCUGGGGAGACCGGAUAUAGUGAAUGUAGGGCCUGGGGAGACCAGAUAUAGUGAAUGCAGGGUCCGGGGAGACCAGAUAUAGUGAAUGCGGGGUCAGGGGAGA